GCCGGCGGCUCGCUCAUGGCUCGGCCGCCCUCGGGGCUGGAAGCCGGCGCCGCUCGCACCACGUGGGCCGGGGGCGGGGCUCGGCGGCGCCCCGGAAGCAGACGCCUCUCGUCCCGGAAGCGCCGGCGGGGCGGGGAGAUGGCGGCGGCGGCGGUGCGGUGGCUGGGGUUUCGCGCUGCGCGGCCGGCGCCGGCCCCGGCGCGCGCCGUCCGGAGGAGCGUCCUUGCGGUCCCCCUGCGCCCAGGAUUGGAAACCUUCCUAGGGUUGGCCUGGAGCCCAAGCAGGUGUGGUAGUUCUGCAGCUGAAGCACCUGCCACCAAAGCGGAGGAUGACUCCUUUGUCCAGUGGUUCCUGCUUCUCAUUCCUGCGACUGCCUUUGGCCUGGGGACCUGGCAGGUCCAGCGUCGGAAGUGGAAGCUGAAGCUCAUAGCAGAGCUCGAGUCUAGAGUUAUGGCUGAGCCCAUCCCUCUGCCAGCAGACCCAAUGGAACUGAAGAACCUGGAGUACAGGCCAGUGAAGGUCAGGGGGCACUUUGACCACUCCAAGGAGCUGUACAUGAUGCCUCGGACGAUGGUGGACCCGGCCCGGGAGGCCCGGGAGGCCGGCCGCCUCUCUUCGUCGCCAGAGAGCGGGGCCUACGUCAUCACCCCCUUCCGCUGCACAGAGCUGGGAAUCACCAUUCUGGUAAAUAGAGGGUUUGUCCCCAGGAAGAAAGUGAAUCCAGAUACACGGCCGAAAGGCCAGAUCGAGGGAGAAGUGGACCUAGUUGGGAUGGUGAGGCUGACAGAAACCAGGAAGCCCUUUGUCCCUGAGAACAAUCCAGAAAGAAAUCACUGGCAUUACCGGGACCUGGAGGCCAUGGCUAGGCUCACAGGCGCAGACCCCAUUUUCAUUGAUGCUGACUUCAAGAGCACCGUCCCUGGGGGACCCAUUGGAGGGCAAACCCGAGUCACUCUGAGGAACGAGCACAUGCAAUACAUCAUCACCUGGUAUGGACUCUGUGCAGCUACGUCAUACCUGUGGUUUAAGAAAUUCCUACGUCGGACUUCUGGUGUGUGAGACUAGCAGAUGUAGCCCUUCCCCUAAAUUGUCAGGAAGUGGCCGAUUUCUGGAGAUGUUUUCGUGUGGGAUCAGCAACUAUUGGCAUAAAUAAAUCUCUGUGCUACG